CUUUUCCGUACCAGACCUUGACAACCUGUGUCUCGACGCUGCUUCCUGCCCACUUCCCACGCCGCCAUGCACGGCUCUUCCGUACGUGCCGCUCUGGCAAAGGUCUUUCAGAUCCCACUGAGGCCGAGCCUGCGCAAUGCCGUCGCCAAUCCUGCCGCGGCAUCGACUUCGAGCUCAUCAAAUUCAACACCCAGCACCCCUCGAACUUGGAAAUCGGCAUUCUCGACGAGCGCAGUUCGGGCUGCGAAAAAGGGAGGAAAAGAGAGACUCGAUCGAAGAAUUACUUUGAUCCGUUUCUUCCUCUACCAUCCCACCACGCUCACCCCGAGGCCUCUCCGAUUCUCUCGCAACCGAUACCUGCGCCACUGGACGAUCCACCGGGCCUGGCAACUGUACCGUGCGAAAGUCCGACAGGCACGCCAAUUGGAGCUGGAACGACAGUACAACGCCAUGCGCGAGGCGAACGAGGAACUGCGCGUCGGGGCGGGCGACGGCGGUCGGCUUUUCCGCAAGGCCCAAAUGAAGACCGGCGUGUGGAGCAUACCGGAACGAGGAGGCGGUGUCCCGAUCGAGUACGCACGCAGCCUGGUCGACUACAUGGGGAGCACUGGAGGCCUGGGCAGUGGAGGGACGGGGCUCGGCGCAAAGGCCAAGGUCUGGGAUAGCGAGUGGAAGCGGUAGAGUGGCUUGGUGCUUGCUUGCUCGCUCGCUAGUUCGCCAUAGACAGAAAACAAUGGGAGAUGGAGGCGGCGGUGGUGGUACGGGAUCCAGGUCGCUGUGACAAGGAGGAAGAAAAGGACGUUGGGUUCAAGAUCAAUCAAAAAGGAAACUUUUUGAGUUGUGAGGUGUUGCCUCUGGACAUCACGACAGAGGAGAAACUAUUGUUUGGCAGCAAUCCAAGAGCGUUGUUGGCUCGACGAUGAUCGUGCUCGAACCGACCCGGUGCUUCAACUUUCUUGAUCGACGCUACCGGCGAUUGACAUGGUCAACAGCUGGGACCGUUUGAGCAGGUUAUCACCCUUCUGACGACCGGACCUUUUCCCGUCACUGUCGAAGGAUUGGCAAGAGGUCAAAGGCAAAAAUGCAGUCUGUAACUAAAGCCGUUGGAUUUCUGGCCCAACAGGUAAGGAAAUCGGGUUGGCGAUCAAGAUGAAUCUGUAAAUCGAAAUGUAUCACUACACCACCACUACGGAGUACCAUUAUAAAUGCAUGUCAAAAUUUAAAGAGAAAACCGGCUCUCAAGAAUGUCUCGAUGACGAUAAGAGAGCACAUCCAUUUCGAUCGUCGCCCUGUGAAAAGAAUGAAUCACCGGGGGUUCCAACGGGGACGGGGUCUUGUUUGUACGGCGUGUCCUCUACUCCGCAAAGUGUCCUCGUCCAUUUGAACCCAUCCGAGCAGUGGACGAGUAAAUGAUGUGAAGCAACUCCAGACGGGGUUUGAUCCAAGGACACACCUACGGAGGGAGUAGGGAACACAAGUACUGUACCUACAGACGGGUGACGAGGUUUGGCCGUCCGCCCCCAAAAAAGGAGUGUCCGUGCUGGAUGUUAAAACUCCAUACCUACGUACAGCCCCUUCAAAAUAGACAGAGAGGUACAGAGUACUACGUAACUCUUGACGCAUGACAGGAUGGAGUCGCAGAGUACGUUCAGGCACUGUACAGUACGUGAAUCAGGAGGAGGAGGAGGAAGAAGAAGAAGAAGAAGAAGAGGC